GCUCGUGAUGGGCGGCGCACUCACUGUGUACUUCUUGAUGAGCACCUAUAAGGCCAUCCAAUACACGCGCACGGUCAACGUGAAGAACAAGGCUCUGUUCUACAUGCUCGUCGUGAGCCAGGCGAUCGGCAUCUUCGUGUCCGUCUUCUUCGUGAUCGCGGACUUCAGCUCUGCAGUCGACUGCACUGCAACGGGUAUGCUGAAGAAGGGUGGUGUGCUCGUGUCUACGACUCUACUGGUCCCCGGCAUCUUGGGUACGAAGGCGUACCGAUGUCUCAACAACGCCGGGUUUGUCAUCGUAGUUUUGGCGGUGACGCGUGCGGCAAUAAUUGCCGUCUCGGGAGUCGUCAUAGCUGAAUACAAGGGUGGUAGAAGAUUUACAGGCACGUGCGAGACUGUGAGGGAGUCUUCGCUGUUGCCUCUUUCUAUCAUUUUACAGUUUGUCGAAGCCUGCUUCAUCUGCUUCUGCUUUCUGUGGGCCGUUUACCGGUCAUAUCGCGGUCCGGCCGAUCACGCCCGGUUGUCGCUGCCACUAGACGAGGAAGACGAGACUAGCUCCGUGGGGACAAACGAGAAGGAAGAUGACGCCCACCGAGCUGGUACUAGUCGUAGGGGGUGGUGGGACUACGUCCCCAACGCCUUUCCGGAGAUGUCGGCGGGUCGGGGUUCGCCAUACUCUACCCGCAGCUCCCCUGGGGACAUGAUGGGCCGCUUUCGCCGCUGGUGGUCGGGCGAACCGAUGCUGCCUAGCACCGUGUUCCAGCGGAAACCAUCAAUCCCAGGGGAGAUACCGCUGUCGCAGCCGCCCAGAAUAUCCUCCGUGUCCAGCGUCGGCCCACGGGUGUCGAUAAGCCGCGAGGCCGUGGAGCGACAGCCGCGCGCCAGUUCACCGCCUCCUCCAUCUGUUAUGGAGCGAAUAAUUCGCUAUGUGCCGAGGGCUGAACUGCUGCGGAAUAUGCUCAAGAACGAGCUGCUGUACACGACCUUCAUCACGACGGUGCUUUUUGUCAUCUCCAUCGUCAUGUUGGUGGGUGUAACACAGCAGCUACUUCUGGGAGCGAACAGCUGGUCCAUGCUGGACUGGCUAAUUAUAUCAAUGUGCACUAUGCAUAGCUUCAGCCGAGUUGCACGUCGUCACGAGCGCGAAGCAUGGCUACAAGAUCCCGCAAACUGGCGGUCCAUGCAUCACGCACAAGUCGAGGACGACACCGCACUCCGUCCCAAGCACCCUCACCGCACCUGGUCGCCUGUUAGCGUCCGCUCGAGCUGGCGACAUCGAUAUCGGGAGCGCGGCGAGUCCGACGACCGGAGCACCGUCGGCCGCUACCGCUCAACUGAGUUUUCAGAGCCUCCUCUCUCUCCUUCUCGUCCCUCCUGGGCCUCCCGCGUCCGCUCCACUUCUCUCACUCGCUCCCCCGCCGAUCUUCCAUCCAUCUCCAGGUCGACGUCCAUAGCGUCGUCCCCAAUGCCUUCCAUGGAUUCGCUCUACAGGGCGCCGCUCCCACGGCACGGUCGCGGGUCGCCUAUGGUCCUACCCUCUCCCGAGUUUCCCCCGACGAACGCCAGCACGCCCCAAUCGGACUCGCAGUCGUUCUCGCCACGCACGGGGCAUCUCCCCACGAUCUUGCGCUCGCCUGUGGCUGCUUCGCGACGACGUAGCAGCAGCGAGCGGGAGAAGCGGCCGGCGUCGCCUCCACCCCCAUCGCCACGGCGCUCGUCGCGAGAUUGGGAUCCGGAGAAUCCAGAACCGCCAGAUCCAGCGCGAACGCUAUAGUUUCCUGCUAUGCUUCGCGUGCAGCCCGUUUCUCUUUCUCAUGCUGUGCCGUGCGUCUCUCGCGUGAUACUGACCGCAACGGACUGGAUGCGCACAUUCUCUCGGACUCUGGGUGCUGAUUCCGUUGUAACGGAGAGCACGAACUCCUCCCCUGCUACGGUGGUAGGUGACGAGGUUGGACUGUUGUACUGAUACUUUGACGCGCCUUAUAGUAAACCCGCUUCGCUUUCGCACGUGUACACCUACUAAUCCUCCCGCAUGUCGCAUUGCUGUGUCCCGCAUUUCGCGCAAAUACAUAUUGCCCAUACCCCUGUAUCCGGGAGUCGCAAUGUUCUGUCUCCGUGGAUCUUGAGAUAUCUCAGACGUUCGCGAUGUCAUGCGUUUUGUGCCUGUGCUGGUGGGCCGAAAUGAACGCAAAUAUGUAUAUGUGCGCCACAUCAGACGACGUCAGGAACGCCCGCAUGAUUCUUU